AUGGACUAUAAAUAUGCUCAAGGAACCACCAAGACCGAAAUGCCAGCGCAAGGUUCUUCGUUGAAUGACAAGCGGAUGGAAAAGAUCAAAUUAGGCGUCAGAAUCCUCGAAAGCUGAGAAAGAACGUAACAGCCAUGGACGUCGGUGUGACUGGAGUAACAGCAGCCCAAGGCAGAAAGUUCGUCACAACCAUGGACGUCACUCUUGCUCGUCGUUUUGGAGCCGGUAAAA